UAAAUUAGUGUCCAACAGUAUAGCACAAUGAACCAGAAGGCAGGCACAGACUCUAGAAAGGCGGAGGUGAAGCCGCGUCCCACCACCCACCGCAUGAGAAAGUGCCCUCGGAGAGGACGCACAAAGGGGCGGAAGGAGGAGAGCCUCCCACCAAAGGGUGCACCUUCCUUGGAUGCCAUCUAUUACCAUCGGGAGUUGCUGUGCUACUCCCUGGACAGACUCCGGGUGGACCUGCUGACCAUCACAUCCCACCAUGGCAUGCAGGAGGAGCGGGAGGCCCGGCUGGAGAAGCUCUUCCCGGACAAGAACACCCCCCGGCCCCACUGCUUUGUGGGAAAGAGGGUCUUCUUUCUCAGCAGCAGAGUCCACCCCGGGGAGACACCCUCGAGCUUCGUCUUCAACGGGUUCCUGGAGUUCAUCCUGCGGGAGGAUGACCCUCGGGCCCAGAUGCUGCGCCGCAUGUUUGUCUUCAAGCUCAUUCCCAUGCUGAACCCGGACGGGGUGGUACGGGGGCACUACCGGACAGACGCUCGUGGAGUCAAUCUGAAUCGCCAGUACUUGAACCCGGAUGCUGAGCUUCACCCAGCCGUGUACGGGGCCAAGGCUGUCAUGCUGUACCACCACAUCCAUAGCCGCAUCCAGCCUGGCUCCCCUGACUGGCGGGCAUAUGGCGGACCCCUUGGCAUGAAGGCCUCCAAUCAUUAUUCCUCCCGCAAUGGCCCUGCCAGUGGGGAGGCCCCUCUUUCGCAGCUGGAGAAAGCCAACAACCGCCGCAACUGUCCCAGAGAGACCUGCACCUCCUCACCGCAGGACUCUGAGGCAUCGGACAGCCUGGACCAGGACACCUGGAUCCUCUCAGACGAGGCGCCCAGCGAAGAAUCUGGGAGCGAAGCAGAGAGCCCUCCUGCCGCAGACGCCAUCCCACCUCAGCAGAGUGGUCUGGCUUACUAUGUCGACCUCCAUGGCCAUGCCUCCAAGCGCGGCUGCUUCAUGUAUGGGAAUAACAUCUCUGAUGAAAACCACCAGGUUGAGAACAUGCUAUUCCCAAAGCUCAUCUCACUGAACUCUGCUCACUUUGAUUUCUCGGGCUGCAACUUCUCCGAGAAGAACAUGUAUGCCAAAGACAAGCGGGACGGGCAGUCCAAGGAGGGCAGUGGGCGGGUAGCCAUCUUCAAGGCCUCAGGCAUCAUUCACAGCUAUACCCUGGAGUGCAAUUACAACACGGGGCGAUCCGUCAAUACCGUUCCAGCAGCCUGUCACGAUAACGGACGGGCGACCCCUCCUCCUCUGCCAACAUUCCCCUCCAAAUACACCAUGGAACUAUUUGAGCAGGUGGGCCGGGCCUUGGCCAUCGCUGCGCUGGACAUGGCAGAGAGCAACCCUUGGCCUCGGAUUGUCCUCUCCGAACACAGUUGCCUUAGCAACCUGCGCGCCUGGAUGCUGAAGCACGUCCGGAGCUCGAGGGGAGUGGUUGGCUGCACCCGGCGGAAGGGCGCCAGAACCCCACCCAAGGGGGCCAACGGUGUCUCAGCCUCCAUCUCUGAGAACUCGCUCUACCGGGCCAGGAGCUUCAGCAACGGGAGCAGCAGCAACCAGCAGGCUUCCCCUCAGGUCAAGGCCUCGCCCAGCUUCACCUUCACCUGCUCCCACCCCACUGUCCCGCUGGGCAGCACGAGCCAAAACUCCCAGAAAGGGGCCUCGAGGGUCCUGACACUCGUCCGAGAGCUCCACAGUAGAGCCCAAGCAUCUUGUGGAAGCUGCCCCUCAGGCAGCCUGAGCCCCCCGCCCUGCUCUCUGAACCAAGGGAUGCCCUGGGCUCCAGGGGGCCUGUGCAGUCCUUGUGGAGAGUGCUGGGCAGAGGCCUCUGCGGCUCCCACCGCUCAGGAAUCGGCAGAGCCUCGGGUUCAGGAGAAGCGGCGCCAUCAGCACCAGACCUUGCUGCAGGUAGCUGUGAACAGCCUCCAGGCCCCGUCUACAGUCCCUUCCUCUGCCAGGAUGACCUCUCACCUCCAGCUGCCUCCUGGCCUGGGCACCUGCUCCCUCCACGUAACAGGGCCUGUCUGCAGCAGCCUACUUACCAAGGCUAGCCCUGCCUUCCAUGGACUGCAGGAGGCAGAGCAUCCCCACGAGGAGUUUAAGACCCCUCCGCCUUGUGGCUUAGCCCUGCUGCAGAACAUUUCCAGGAGGCUAAAUAGUGAGAAGCUAUCAGAGAAUCCCAGCCUGGAGGUGCUGAUGCCUCGGCCCAGCCGGAUCCCCAUCCGCAGGAGACCAGCAGGCCAGUCCCAGCACUUGCUGCAGCUUGACAGCUGCAGGGAUGACUCUGCCCUCAAGGUGUGGAACUACACCGCUGCCUCACAGUUGCCAGUUCAGAGUUCCCUGCCAGAGUUCCCGCUGGACGUGCCCAAUCUGGCCAUAACAGGGCAGCGGGAGGAGCCGCUUUUUCUCUGCAACCCUCCCAAGGUUUUGCUGGACGAGGUACGGGGCACGGGGAACUCUGCUAAAUCAGCCACUGCCGGCAGUGCCCUUUCCUGCCACCGCUGCCCUCCUCCCCUCGAGCCCCUCACCUGUAGGCAGAAGAAGAAGAAGAGGAAGAAGCCCCAGCAGCACCCUCAGCGUGGGAUUGGCAGUGGCCACCCUCCCUCUUGAAGCCGGGGGCAGCCACCCAUCGGCUGCUCCCCUGAGCCCCCUCUCUCUGUUGCAGCAUCUCCCGGGGCGAGCAGAUUCCCCCCAACUCACCUACCACAAGAUCCUCUCCUUCUGCACUGAGGCCUGACUGGCCAGAGAUGCUGCGGCCAGCCUCUUCCAUCGCCUCAGUAGCCGCCGCCACUGCUGCCACCACCAUCGCCCCAGAGCAGGCCAGGCAGGAGCCUGCUCCAACUCUCCUCACAGUGUGGAAGAGACCCCCUGGGAUCCCCUGCCUUUCUGCCUCUGUGCAAUGCCCCACUCAGCCCUCACCCCAUCGCUGCCCUGCUUCUGCCCCCUGUUCCUGUUUCCGCCCCCCUCAACCCUCUCCCCGUCCCCAGCCGUGCCCCUUCAAACCAAAGCUGCUUUUUGGGACACAGCAGCCCACGAUUCUGGCUCUGAGCCACUUCCCCCAAUAUAAGUGUCCCAGACCACCUUCGACUUGCAGGUCGCUGCAGAAGACACCAAAAGCCUAAAUGGGGAGCAGGGCCCCCUCCCAGCAGCCCUGUUCUCUCUCUCUUUUUCUCUGCUACGAGUUCUGCCUCAAGGAUCCGACAGCUGCCUUCCUUUCUCCCCUGAAAGGUUCUGCCUGAGAUUUGGGAAGGAGGCACCACCUCUCCUUGGCAGCCUGCAUCUCAACCAGCAGCCUUGGGAAGCGGGGCUUGUUUGUGGCUGGUGGGGCUGGGGGGGGGGUCUCUUGGAAAAGCUGGUUCACAGCAAAGCGAGGCUUCCUGACCCCAGCCCCCUUUUCCCCUCCCAGGACCUUUUCUGCAGCUGUACAUAGUUGGUUACUGGGCUGGAGACUUAUUUUUGAAAUGAGAUUGUCUUGUAAAACGUUUGUAUUAAUAAAUUUUGUUUGGCAAAA